AUGGAUUCUGAUGAAGAGAUUCUGUCUUCGUAUUCAACUUUGACCGUGACCUCCAGGUUCCCAUUCUCAGCCAUUACAAUUGCAAUUUAUAAAACAUCCUCAGAACGGAAACCACCAUUUCGACAAGAGAUUCGGUCAGUAAAUCGGGCGUCGUUGUUGUCGAAGAUGACGAACAAUUCGAGGACGCGAGCAGCGAUAUCAGCAUUCUGUGAGAAAACAGUUGAGCCGCGGAAUUCCGCCUUCCGCUCAAUUCUGCUCGAAAAGUGCAAUGGAGCGCAACUGCUUUGCAGAACGAAACGGCAGCAAUCGUCGGUGCAGUUGGAUCGGUCGAAAAUGCGAACGGCGGUGCAUCAGGAUCUGUGCAUGCACUCGCAGAAAGUGCUCGAGCCGUUGUUCCUGCGAAAGUGCGAGACGCAGAAAGUCAGACAAGGAACGGCGCCGCCGAAUGUGUUUCCGAUUCAGAAGGUGGAGACGAUGCAGGCGAAUAAGGUGAGCGGGGAAGAAGAAGAAGAGCUGGAUCCGGAUACUUGCAGAAGCUGUCCGGUCAUUCUGCGCUGCUCGUCAGCCUCGACACGCCCACUUUCUGCGUCCGCUACCUGGCCGCCAACGUACUGCAGAAGCCGAAGAACGUGCUCGUCUACGUCUCUCCGAUGUUCUUCGUCCGCUUUGUCGCCCGUCCGGAUCCGCAGAAAACAAAUGUUCGUUCUUUCCCUCUGAACGCCUUCAAACCCAUUUUUCAGCAAUCGACAUUCGAGGAUCCGUCGGGGCCGGUGCGACUGAUGCUGCCUCCGGACGAGGCGAAAGUGGCUCAGAGGCUGUUGCCCAAGUGGCAGACGGUCACUUUCACGCUCGCAUUCGGCAAACACGUGGCAGUCAAGUACCGUAUCAUCGAGACUCGCAAGCAGCCGAUCACGCACGUCAAGGCUAAGCUGGACAGGGUGAAGAGAGUCUCGACGAGCACGCUCUACCGAACUGAGCCCGUCCAGGUGGAGUAUUCGAACGCGCCCGAAUUCUAUCAUUUCUUCAGAGAGCCGAAUACUGGCGCAGUUUCAAACCAAACGAAUUGAAGCUGUCGACGGUCGAGGAAAACGAUCCGCAAAUGGUAAAAAGAGUGUUUUUGGAGCAGCAGGCGGGUAUCGAUUCGAAUGGAUCCGUGAGCACUGUGCUCGAGGUGGAGAAAGAGCCGAAAAAGAUAAGAAGUGGGAAUCCGAUUAAUGAUCAUUUCCAGAAUAUAUUUUGUUUUCAGAAGUGAAGACGACCGUCCAAACGGAGGAACUUAAUCUACUUUGGCAGCGGACUGACAAUAUUUGA